AUGGAAGUGAAUGAGGCCGCUUUACUGAGGAAGCCACGGGGUUUGCUUGAGGUUGAACAAGUUGAAACAUGGCUUCCAGGGGCGGGGGAAGUGGUGGUGCGGAAUGAGGCCAUUGCGUUCAAUCCGAUUGAAGCGAAGAUUCAGCGAUGGGAAAUGUUUGAUAUUGAAUACCCGGCUGUUCUCGGGUACACCUUUGGGGGAACAAUUCACUCGGUGGGACCCGGUGUAGAUUCAUUCAAGUCCGGUGAUCGUGUUGCAGUUGCUCGCUGGGGCCGAGCAGCGAGUGAUAUCAGAUUCGGAGCAUUCCAAAAGUACCCACUCGCACUAGAAGAGAACCUUGUGAAGCUAAACGCUCACACCCCACUGCACGAAGGAUGCGGUGUGAUGGCUAAUCUCGCCACUGUCGUUGCUGCGCUUUCUAUCUGUAUGAAUCUCGGAUAUCCCCCUGUCAAUGCGCGAGCGAACCGAAACGGAAAGAGAAUCCUGAUUUAUGGUGGUUCCUCUUCGGUGGGUGGAUUGGCUGUUCAAUAUGCAGUUGAUGCUGGGUAUGAGGUUCUGACUACAUCUUCCCCUUCCAAUUGGAGUCUUGUACAGCGACGUGGCGCGUCUUGCAUUAUCGAUCAUACGAGGCCGAAAGAAGAGAUCUUGGAGUCUAUCAAGGAGCAUGGUCCAUAUGAUGGCAUCUUUGAUGCGAUUGGUUCCUCGGAAGUUACAUUAUUGUUGGGUGAGUUUUUUCUUGCGAGCAAUGGGGGGACUUUUUGGUCUACGAGUCCUACGCCUGUUGAUAAAGAUCUACCGAAGAACGUGAGAAAGCAAUGGGCUUCAUACUCGGAUGUUUUGGUGGAGGAAGGAGCAAACAAAGAGGCUAAAAUGUGGUAUCUUCAUGAGUAUCUUCCGGAAAGCCUGUCUAGCGGUAGGGUCUUUUCGAAUCCAUCUGAUAUAGUUACAGGUGGACUGGGAUCAGUGCAGAAUGUACUCGAUAGCUUUAUGGAUGGGAAAAUCAGUGGCAAGAAAGUGUUUGUCAAUCCGCAAGAGCAUUGA